GUACACUAGUAGGACAAGAGUACAGUUUACUAGUACGUGGACCGCGCACCGCUAUACAUCAUCAACCAUCAACUCUUUGCAUACCCGGUAAUUAAACGGUGGAAGCUUCAGAACACAUCAAUUUAAUUCAGUGCAUCAUUCGUUCACCAGGAAGGACAACAAAUCCUAAUCAUGGUUAAAGUUGGAAUUAAUGGAUUUGGCCGGAUUGGUCGCCUUGUGCUGAGAGCUGCUCUUCAACAGACAGACAUUCAAGUUGUUGGGAUCAAUGAUCCAUUCAUCGAUGCUGAUUAUAUGGUUUAUAUGUUCAAGUACGACUCUACCCAUGGAAUUUUCCAAGGAACUGUAAAAAAGGGUGGUGAUGACAUACUUCUUGUUAAUGGCAUUCCCAUUAAGGUGUUCUCGAUGAAGGACCCAUCCACAAUUCCAUGGGGUGAUAUUGGUGCUGAAUAUGUAGUGGAGUCAACUGGUGUGUUUACUACAAUAGAAAAGGCCAAAGCACACAUCAAGGCAGGUGCAAAGAAGGUCAUUAUUAGUGCUCCAUCUGCUGAUGCCCCAAUGUUUGUUAUGGGAGUUAACAAUAAAAAGUAUGACAAGAAUGUGGACCACAUUGUAAGCAAUGCAUCUUGCACAACGAACUGCCUUGCACCAUUAGCUAAAGUGAUAAAUGAUAAGUUUGGCAUUGCUGAGGGGUUGAUGACAACAGUGCAUGCCUAUACUGCAACACAAAAGACAGUGGAUGGACCAAGUGCAAAGAAAUGGCGUGAUGGUCGUGGUGCUCACCAGAACAUUAUCCCAGCUUCCACAGGAGCUGCUAAGGCUGUUGGGAAAGUUAUCCCAGAGCUUGACAAGAAACUGACAGGAAUGGCUUUUCGUGUUCCAGUACCAGAUGUGUCUGUGGUUGAUCUGACUGUACGUCUUCAGAAAAGUGCUUCUUAUGAUGAGAUCAAGGCAGUCAUUAAAGCAGCUUCAGAGGGGGAACUUAAAGGAAUUCUUGGAUACACCGAAGACCAGGUGGUGUCUAUGGAUUUCCGUGGGGAUGCUAGAUCCAGUAUUUUUGAUGCUAAUGCUGGUAUUGCUCUAAAUGAUAACUUUGUCAAGCUUGUAUCUUGGUAUGACAAUGAGUAUGGAUACAGUUUCCGUGUUGUUGAUCUAAUGGCCUAUAUGGCUUCUCAGUAAAAGUUGCCAUGGAUACCAGAUCAACAUAGACAUUUUCCGCUCAGAACUACAAGGUCGUUAUGGCAGUUUGUAUAGAUUUCAUCAAAUUGGUCAUUGAUCAAGAGUGGUUGGUCUCCAAAGUUUUGCUAAAGCAGAAAGAAGUUUUCUUUUUCAGAGUAAAACUUUCAUUUGGGGAUUUUGAUAAACUUGUUUACAAGUUUAAACACAUUUUCAUUAAAUGCCAUUAUGAUUAUUCUUAUUAUGAAAAUGCAAUUAACAACUUUCUAGCACUGAGCCAAUGACAUGUACUUUGCCAUGUACCCGAAUGCUACUCAACCAAAAAUGGUUCAAUGGUGCUCCAGCCAUUUGUGAUAAUGUUUCAGUUGUACUACAUGUAGCUUAUGGUUAAAAUAAUGACUGGUUGGUGAUAGAAUUUGUCAUUGUUAAAGUUGAGAAUUAGUACUGCUGUAGGAUACUCUUGGGAAGUUUGAACAAUAGAACAUGUAAUUCCCCCAAAGAUAGUGUGAAUUUAAGGAAUGCAAUUGUCUGCAGGUGCUGUGUUGGUUGGUUUACCUAGCUAGUCUUCCACUUCAGAUUAGUUUUCAUAUUGUCAAUGGAGUUCCUUCUGUUUUCUUUUUUGUUUUCUUUUAUUUCAAAGAAUAACUUGAUGCAUGUUUCCCUUUUUCAGUACAUAAAUGUGAAUAUUGCACAUUUCUUUUCCCAAGUUCAGGGAAGUAAAAUCUGAUAGUUAAGAAUUAAUGAUAUCUUAAUAUAUAUUGGUGAAAUGCUUAAAUAAUGUAUGUUGCAAUUAACUUUAUGAGUUUCAACCUCUGAUCUUUCCCAAUCAAUAGAAAAAACAAACCAAGUACAUAGGCUCACCAUGUUUCCUGUCAAUAGCUUUAACAUUUCCCAUGCCAGUUUAAGUACGGAACAAUUUGUAUUAAUGGCAAUUACAUGUAUGCUCUUAAGAUGUAAGAUCAUUUUAGCCAUCUUUACUUGAAGCUAUUACAAUACAAAUGUUCAUGUUUUCUUCUUGUGUUGCAGCAGCUAUCAUGCGUUAAAAUGUAUGAACAUGUAAGUAAAACAUCCAGGUUUUACAUUUCCACAAAGCUAAUCAUUUAAAAUAAAUUGGUACAUUUAGAUACUUGUAAGAAAUGUGAUCAGUGCAUUUAAAUAAAAUGUAUUGCUGUAGAUCCAUCAAUUUAGAAAUUCUAUUAGUAUAUCUCCAAAAAUAAAAGGCAAAAUCAGAGAUACAUGUCAAAGAUAAAAUAUCAGUGAUGGAAUUUGUUUAAUUUGUUUAGCCAGUUUAUUUCUAAUUAUUGGUUAUUUGGGAAUGUAUGAUUUAUGAAAGAUUAGUUCAGAAAGCAGUAAGGACAAAAAAGGUAUGUGUUUAAAAAAAAUGUUGCGUGCAGGUUUUUCCAGCUACCAAUACAUCCAUAACCCAGGGGCCGUUAAACCAAUUAUAUAAUUGUAAACCAGGCCUAGAAAAAAUUGGAGAUCCAUGAAUUUUGAUAUUUAGUUUGGUUUCAGAGACUUUCUUGAUGUAGCUUACCUGUACGACAUGUACAACAUGUAUAAAAUAAAUUAAGUCUUUACAAUUGGGCGUGAAAAAAAUACUUCAAAUUUGACACAAAAAGAGACCACAUCUCAGUUGGAUACAAUCUUUGUUGUCACAUUUUUUGGUAUACAAUUUAUAUUUAGUUUCAUUCAAGCAUGAAAAGGUCAAGGUUUUUGUUUUUAUAGACUUCUAGGUGUUUUUCAUUGAUUCUGGAGAUGAGAUAUUUGUAGCAAUACUAAUUGAAAACCAUUGUGUUGUGUUCCAAUAAAAUUUGACGAUGAGAAGUUCAAUUUCUUUCCCACA